AUAAUCAGCAAAGACAGUUUGGAUGCAGAGAAACAUCAGACAUCAGUGAAGAGACUUCAUCCAGGUUUCACUCUGAAGAAUGGCAAACAUCUCUGUUAACACCACCCUCCUGAAUGAAAGCAUUAACGUCAACCAUAAUGGCUCCCUGCAUGAGGAUUAUGAAAACAUCGAAUUCAUCUUGCAUGUAGUGACAUACAUCAUCGCUGGUAUCGGUCUCCCUUUGUUACUCGUGGCCAUCUAUGCUCUUUACUCUCAGGUAAAGAAUGGUCAGGUGGCUCCAGUCUACAUCAUCAACCUUUUCAUAUCUGACCUCAUUCAGCUCUGCUGUCUGAUCAUUUGGGAGUCUGAACCUGAGGAAGUGAUGAUACAGCGAGUGAACUAUACUUACACAUUUGGCGUAUUAACUAGUGUUGGCUUCAUGGUGUGUAUUUCACUGGAAAGAUAUUUGGUCAUCGCCCACCCACUGUGGUACCGCUUCAGACGAACCAUCAGGAUCUCUGUGGGGGUCUGUGUUGUAGUCUGGAUCAUAUCUCUUGUCUUGAGUUUCACUGUGGUCCCCUGGGUUACUGAGUUUGUUGCAAACAUGGUUGUCUCCAUCUUCAUCAUCAUUCCCUUCCCACUGUUCAUCUUCUUCCUGGUUGGGACCCUCAGAGCUCUCUCUACUUCUGUCUCAGUCCCCUCUGAUGAAAAACGGAGAAUCGUGGCAAUCUUAGUCCUGGUGCUGCUGAUUUAUACUCUGCUGUUCCUGCCUUACAUUAUUUUGCUCACUGCAGGAACAUACUUCUAUGAUUUCACUCUAAAUGUCCUGUCCCACUUGUUUGUAAAGCUGAGCCCACUUGCGGACUUACUUCUGUAUGUUUUCAUCAAAAAAGAGACCUUUAGGAAGCUUUGGACCUCUGUGUGCUGUUGCAGAAAGGAGAACAAUGACACCAUCAACACCGACACAAUCAACCUAGACCACAUGUAGACCAGUGGUUAUCAACUGGUGGGUCAGGACUGUAAAAGUGUGUUAUUGAGCUGUUUUUCAGUGGCUCUGA